GAGGGUUCUUAAUAAGUGUUAGUUCCCUUCCUCUUGCAAUCUAUCAAGGUAUGUAUGUAUUGAAGACCCUUUUUGCAGUAUGGGGAUAGCGAUGUUUUGUCAGUUUUUAUUUGGAAUAGAUUCUGUAGAUAAAAGUAGUGUUUAUGGAGCAACAUGGCGGGCGUGGAGGCGGCGCAGGCGGCGGCUGCGGAGAGGCACCUGAACGGCGAGCUGGAGCCGGACGACAAGGACGACGGCGCAGCCGCCACGGCCGAGGAAACAGCCAAGAAGAAGCGCCGCAAGAAGAAGAAGGGCAAGGCCGGAGCAGCAGGACAACAGGAAACAGAGGGAGAAUCGGGGACUUCUGUCAAUGAGGUAGUCAAACAGCUGGAAAAGCAGGCCCUGGAGGACAAAGAAAAAGAGGAUGACGAUGAAGCGAAGGUGCAGACAGACCCACCCUCAGUGCCCAUAUGUGACCUGUAUCCCAGUGGUGUGUUUCCAAAGGGCCAAGAAUGCGAGUACCCCUCAACACAAGAUGGGCGUACAGCAGCUUGGAGAAGCACAAAUGAAGAAAAGAAAGCGCUAGACCAAGCCAGUGAGGAAAUCUGGAAUGAUUUUCGGGAAGCUGCUGAGGCACACAGACAAGUGAGGAAAUAUGUAAUGAGCUGGAUCAAGCCUGGGAUGACCAUGAUCGAGAUCUGUGAAAAACUGGAAGAUUGUUCCCGUAAGCUAAUAAAAGAGAAUGGCCUAAAUGCAGGACUUGCCUUCCCUACAGGCUGCUCCCUCAAUAACUGUGCAGCCCACUACACUCCCAAUGCUGGAGACCCUACAGUCUUGCAAUAUGAUGAUAUUUGCAAGAUAGAUUUUGGAACACACAUCAGUGGUAGGAUUAUUGAUUGUGCUUUUACUGUCACUUUCAACCCCAAAUAUGACACAUUGUUAAAGGCUGUAAAAGAUGCUACUAACACUGGAAUAAAGUGUGCUGGAAUUGAUGUUCGCCUCUGUGAUGUUGGUGAGGCCAUUCAAGAAGUUAUGGAAUCUUAUGAGGUUGAAAUUGAUGGCAAAACAUAUCAAGUGAAACCCAUUCGAAAUCUUAACGGGCAUUCAAUUGGGCCAUAUAGAAUACAUGCUGGGAAAACGGUGCCCAUUGUCAAAGGAGGAGAAGCAACAAGAAUGGAGGAAGGAGAAGUAUACGCCAUAGAAACCUUUGGCAGUACAGGGAAAGGUGUGGUACAUGACGAUAUGGAAUGCUCACAUUAUAUGAAAAAUUUUGAUGUUGGACAUGUGCCAAUAAGACUUCCAAGAGCAAAACAUUUGUUAAAUGUCAUCAACGAAAACUUUGGUACUCUGGCCUUCUGCCGCAGGUGGCUAGAUCGCCUAGGAGAAAGCAAAUACCUGAUGGCUCUCAAGAAUCUGUGUGACUUGGGCAUUGUGGAUCCCUACCCUCCCUUAUGUGACAUCAAAGGCUCCUACACAGCACAAUUUGAGCACACCAUCCUCUUACGCCCAACAUGCAAAGAAGUUGUCAGCAGAGGAGAUGACUAUUAAACGUAACCCGAGGCCACUUCAGCCGCUUUGUAUUCUGGGCUUUGUUGAGUGUGCAACAUAUUGUCUGUUUUUAACAGUGGACCU